GGUCAUCCCGGAGUCUCCACGGUGGCUGAUCUCCCAGGGAAGAUUUCAGGAAGCAGAAGACAUCAUCCGAAAAGCUGCAAAAACGAAUGGCGUUACAGCCCCAGAUGUCAUACUUGACCCUAGUGAGCUGCAAGAUUUGGAUUCCCAGAAGCAACAGACAUACACCAUUUUGGACCUGAUGAGAACCCGAAAUAUCCUAACUAUCACCAUUAUGUCAGUGAUUCUUUGGAUGAUAAUCUCUGUUGGUUAUUUUGGACUGUCUCUUGACACACCUAACCUGCACGGAGACGUCUACGUGAACUGCUUCCUCUCGGCGGUGAUUGAAGUUCCAGCCUACAUUAUAUCCUGGCUGCUGCUCCGAAACCUCCCUCGACGGUACUCAAUGGCUGCCGCGUUAUUCUUGGGAGGCUGUGUUCUUCUCUUCAUUCAGCUGGUGCCUUCACAUAUUCGUGCGCUAUCUAUCAUGCUGGUGAUGUUAGGGAAAUUUGGGAUCACAUCUGCCUUUUCAAUGGUUUAUGUUUACACGGCUGAGCUCUACCCGACAGUAGUGAGAAACAUGGGAGUUGGAGCAAGCUCCAUGGCCUCGAGGCUGGGCAGCAUCCUCUCGCCUUACUUCGUUUACCUGGGUGCCUAUGAUCGGUUCCUGCCUUACAUCCUGAUGGGGAGCCUGACGGUGCUGUCGGGAAUCCUGACUUUAUUUCUGCCAGAAAGCUACGGUAUGCCUCUUCCGGACACCAUCGAGCAAAUGCUGUUGGUGAAAGGAUUAGAAUACAGGCCUGCAACGGGUAGCACAAGGGAUACCAAGGAGGAAGAAGAAAAUCCAGAGAUUUUUAAAAGCACAGCUUUUUGAUGGAGCGUCUGUGUACUUCCCGGUGGACUGCAAGUUAAAUGGACUUUUCUUCUAAUAUUUGUUCUAGAAAGGGCUAGUGGCAACAUAUUGUUUCCUGUAAUUUUAACCUUAUUUAUUAAUUUAAACACUGUGUUCUGUACAUUCUCUUUUUAUAUGAGCAGAAAUACU